GAAGUUAAUAAUGAUGAAAAUGUUGUUAUUAAGACUUUAAUUAAUGAUUAUACCACCCAAGAACAUAAGUUUGUAGUUAAUGUUACUUAUUCACACCUUAAUUUACGAUUCAAACAUUUUAAAAAUUCUAUCCGGCCAAAAGAAUCUAUAUUAUUUGUCGUUGGUGAAAUAGAAAUUAUUCAAGAUAAAUUGUAUGUUUACGCGAGGGAUAUCAAUUAUGUUGGUACACAUUUAUCAGCUAAAAAGCAAUUAUCCGAGCCUAGUAAUUCGCAGUUAGCAGUAGCAUCACCUAAGUUAAUUCGUUCUAAGCUUUUGGCUACACAUCGUAAUAUUAUUGGGGAAUCUGAAAAGGUUUCUGAUGGUUUGAACUUAACAAAACCUGUAGAUUCUGAUGAAAUCGAUUUAAAUCAAUCAGAUGUGUUAACAUCUAAUCCUAGGUCAUCAAAACGUCUCAAAACAAAAAAGGUGAAUGAACUCGCUAGAGAUUUGUUGGGAAUUGAUGAUUUGGAAUUGGCAAAGUUUAGUUUUACUGGAGAUGAAUUGCAAGUGAAUCAAAAUAUAGUUGAUGAUCGUGAUAAAAAAUCUGAUAAGUCUGAUGAUGAGGUAAAUGUUAAUAAGAUAUCAGCAGAGAAUAAUGAAUAUGAAAAGGGUAAUGGUUCUAGUUCUGCAAAGGGAAUUCGUAAUCGUGGAAUGGGAAGUAAAAAUAGAGGGCGUAGUACACGUAAACUAAGAAAACCACGUAGUACAACAUCUACUAAAUCUGAAGUACAUGUCGUGAGUGAUGACAAUCAUGAUGAAGAAUAA